AUGGCAUUCGUAGGUAAAGCAAGGGAAGGCAGGCAAUCUUCGACAGACGGCAGUGAGAUGCAGGCGCGGCUGCUCUAUGUGGUGGCUCUCUGUGCGGCGGCGGCGCACGCUGCACGACUUCUCGCUGUGCUGCCCACUAACACCAGAAGUCACUAUGCUAUGUACGGUCGCCUCAUUGAAGCACUGGCUAAGAGACAACAUCACGUAACAGUUAUGACCCAUUUUACUAAGAAAAAUCCGCUACCAAAUAUAGAAGAGAUAAACCUAGCAGGAACAAUACCAGAAAUCACUAAUAACUUAACGAAUCAGCACAACUCCUUAAGGCCGGAAUUCAUUCACAACUUGGAACAGAUUAUGAAGGAAUGUGUUCAGGCUUGUGAAAUAGUAUCACAGUUGCCUGCUGUGAAAGCUCUAAUAAAUUCUACGGCCACUUUCGACUUGGUCAUUGUUGAAGUGUUUGGAAGCGAGUGCUUCCUUCCUUUCGGUAGAAGGUUUCAAGCUCCCGUAGUCGGUCUUCUUUCAAGCGUGCCUCUACCUUGGGUCAAUGAACAGCUGGGAAAUCCGGAAGCAACUGCCUACGUACCAGCUUAUAUGAUGGCUUACGGACAACAUAUGUCUCUUUGGGAAAGAUUAGUCAACACGAUAGCUGUUUUGUGGGCUAAGGUUAUGUACAAGUACAAAUCACAAAAUCCUUCACAGGUGAUAGCAGAUCGUCUGUUUGGUCCGGGACCAAAGCUGGAGACGUUAGCUCGGAACUAUAGCCUGGUGUUGUCAAAUAGCCAUUUUAGUAUAAACGAAGUGCGACCAUUAGUUCCGGCUUUUGUUGAAGUUGGUGGGCUGCAUUUGGAUAAUUCGCAAACGUUGCCCGAGGAGUUGAAGUCUCUAUUGGACGAGUCUUAUGAUGGCGUAAUAUACUGGAGUUUUGGCUCUAUGUCGAGAAUAGAAACAAUCACGAGCGAGAAGCUGGUGCAGAUAUUUGAGGUGAUAUCGGAACUAUCGCAGACAGUGCUGGUGAAAAUGGACAGGAGGAUGCUUGCUAGAAACCUCACAGUUCCAGAUAAUGUGUACACGAUGGACUGGAUUCCGCAGUACAAAACACUUUGUCACCCAAAUAUUAAAGUAUUCAUAUCACACGGAGGUCUACUCGGAACCCAAGAGGCAGUUGCAUGCGGGGUGCCCAUGCUAACCGUUCCUCUAUACGCUGACCAGGCUCUCAAUGGUCGAGCCAUGCAAGACCGCGGAGUUGCCCGCACCAUCACACUCAAGGAAACUAACAAAGAAACAUGGAGGGACGCCCUACACGACUUACUUACGAAUCCUAAGUGA